GGCUGUAUAAUCAGUAGAUUCCUUUCAUUAAUUUUUUAAUUUAAAUUUUUUUCAUUAUUUUUCAGGUUUGUUUGGAAUGUGUGGUAAUGGUUGGUGUUCAUGACUUGAUGCAGCAACAAGUAGCUUUAACAAGACAAUUUCUCGACAGUCAGCAGAAACUGCACCAGGCCUAUUCUGCCACUCUGAGUUCCUCACACCGCUACACUUCUCUCAGAAGCACAGAAAAGGGUAAAAGAAGCCAGAGAUCCACUAGAGAAUUUAUGCACACUCCAAUACAACCAUUGACUUUAGUACCAGAACCUCAAAUCAUCCACUUCUGCCAACAACCAACAACCAUCCACCUCAGGCCAUGCAUCUCCACUCUCUUCACAAUCACUGACAUACACCAGCAACCACAAUUUAAGUACAUAAAGAUGAAGAAGAAACCCCCACUAACAUUCAGUGAUGCUUACAAGUUAGUCAAAGAAGAAAUGAAGGCCUCAGAAGAAUGAUACUGCUGAAUCAAAAUGUUAAUUAGCUAUGUUGUUCAGUAUUUUUACUAAAGCAAUGUUGAUACUACAAUUCACAAGCUUAUUUCCAUAUGAAUAGCUAAAGUAAGUGUAAAGCACUUGUCAGUGCUCAGU